UUAUCUUAUCUCUCCCGUCAUUUAGUUAAAUGUUGUUACAGUGGCCUAUUGUGUGUAACUUCAGGAACACUUCGGUUGUUGUAGGCGAGAAACUACUAUGGAACUUUGUGAGAACUUCUAGUAGAUACAAAAUUAUAAGACUUUGUAGUGUCAGUAAACCAGUGUAUAAUUCUACUGCAAGAAGUGAGGGAGAGAUGCCCGUAAUAUACAAAAUAUGUAUCGGUGUGGCUUUAUUCUGUGGUAUUAAAUGGGUACUAAAUAAAUUAUUCCCAGAUCAUCCAAAGGACCAUUCUCCAGCAAGAACACACAGACCAAGACCUGUAUAUGAAGAUCAAUUGUGGCCUAGGGAAGUAAUAAGAACUAACCGUCCUUCUGGCAGUCAUUUAAAUUCUUACUGGCAAACCUCUUUCGAGCAUCAUGCAGAGGACCAUUCUCCAGCAAGAACACACAGACCAAGACCUGUAUAUGAAGAUCAAUUGUGGCCUAGGGAAGUAAUAAGAACUAAUCGUCCUUCUGGCAGUCAUUUAAAUUCUAACUGGCAAACCUCUUUCGAGCAUCAUCCAAAGAAAGAACGCUUGGUGAAGACACAGGUUGAAGGUCUAGUGGAGGCCAGUUCUACAGAGGAGUUCACGGUGAAAAAAUUAAUUCUGAAAACACUUCCAAAUGUCCAAAUAACAAAAAUAAUGAAAGUAAACAACACCUUUCUGGAAGCUUUGUACGAGUUGAAGAAAGAAGAGUACAUAUCUCGCUACAGGGGCAGAGUGAUAGAAAAAGUACUAUUACAUGUCACUGGAGUAACAAAUGUAAAAUACAUAAUUAAAGAUAAUUUUGACUGGCGCAGAGUUUCAAGAGGAAAAUUUGGGUUAGGAACAAGCUUUUCAGAUGAUGCAAAAUAUGCAAAUCAUUAUGCUAAUAUAAACAUUGGUAAUAAUCGAGUAUUCAUCAUUACUAAGGUGUUGGUCUCAAAAGAAAUCAGAGGACAGCAAAAUCUUCUGAUUCCUAUGUACAACUAUGACACUACAACUGGAAAUGGCAAAAAAGUAUAUGUUAAGUUUUGUGACAAUGAAACUCUCCCUAUUUUUGUAGCAUAUUACAGUAACGAAACUUUACCUAAAAGAUAAAUAGAUAAUCAGAAUCAUUUUCUUAAUAAUUAUUGAAGUAGUUUACAACUAUAUAUCAAUGUCUUAGAUCUAUGUAUAUAUAUUUUUAUAUGUGAUUUAAAUCAUAAAAAUAUGGUAAUCAUAUUCUUAUACGCUUAUUCAGCCUUGAAUAUCAGCUAAAAUAUCUCUUUAAAAAAUUGUAGACAAUAUUUUUUAUUUAAAACUUGACUUUUAUACUUUUAACUUGAAAUAUAGCAAUAAUAAACUUAUUUUUUAAUUUUUCA